AUGCCUUCUCUCACAUCGACCCUUGCCUUGCUGGCCGCCGGAGCCCUCCAGGGCGCUUCAGCCUUGGAUGCCGCAGGAUGGCGAAGCCAGAGCAUCUACCAGGUUAUCACCGACCGAUUUGCCACAAGUGAUGGCUCCACUCCUGAGUGCGAUAUCAACAUCGGCAAGUACUGUGGUGGAACUUGGAAGGGAAUCACCAGCAAGCUGGACUACAUCCAGAACAUGGGCGCCACUGCUGUCUGGAUCUCGCCCAUCGUCAAGAACGUUGAAGGAUUCAUCGAAAAUGCUGGAGAGGCCUAUCACGGCUUCUGGACUGAGGAUAUCUACCAGAUCAACGAGCACUUCGGCACUGAGGCCGACCUGAAAGAGCUCGCUGAUGCCCUUCACGCCCGCGGCAUGUACCUGAUGGUCGACAUCGCCCCCAACCACGUUGGCCUCAACAGCGACCCUGGUAACUACACCAAGUACACGCCGUUCGACAAGCCCGAGUACUACCACAAGGAGUGCUCCAUCAACUGGAACAACAGAAAGUCUGAGCAGCUCUGCUGGCUCGAGGGUCUGCCCGACCUUCGUACCGAAGAUGCCUACGUCCGUAAGGUGUACGCCGAAUGGAUCAAAGACUUCGUUACCAAGUAUAACAUCGACGGUCUCCGCGUCGACACGGUCCUCGAGAUCGAGCCCGAGUUCUUCACCGAGGGUGGUUUCAGAGACGCUGCCGGUGUCUUCCUUCUGGGCGAGAUCAGCCACACCGCCCUUGAUGUUCUGGCCCCCUACCAGGAGGUCAUCGACGGUUUCAUGGACUACAGCGCGUACCACUGGCUCGCAGCUUCCUUCAAGUCCCUGAACGCCGAUCUCACUACUCUCUACAAGGGCACUAACGAGAUGGCGGCCAAGACUACCAUCGACACAUCUCUCCUGGGCUCCUUCGUCGAAAACCAGGACCAACCUCGCUUCCCCAGCCUCAACGGCGAUAUGGCUCUGGCGAAGAACCUUUACGCCUUCUCCAUUCUCCGUGACGGUAUUCCCAUUGUCUACUACGGCCAGGAGCAGCACUUCAACGGCGGAAACAACCCGCACAACCGCGAGGCCUUCUGGUUGGACAGCUACGACAUUAACUCCGAGCUGUACGGCUGGAUUCAGCAGUCAAACAAGAUCCGUGUUAAGGCCGCUCAGGGCAACGCCAACUUCCUGACCACCGACCGCACGCAAGCCGUCUUCUCCUACAGCAGCAAGGACAGCAGCCGCGUCAUUGCUUUCCGCAAGGGUCAGCUGUUCUCCAUGUACACCAACGGCGGUGCUGCCGCUACCAACAACGUCAUGUUCUCCAUUGCCCGCAACGUCCACCUCUUUGCCAUCGGCUCCGAAGUCGUCGACGUUGUCAACUGCGAGACCUUCACGGUGGCUUCCCACGGACGUCUCUGGGUCCAGAUGCCUGCCGGAGGUCUUCCCCGUGUGUUCUUGCCCAAGGAGCAGGCCGAGGGACUCUGCAACGACGUCAAGGCCCCUCUGUCAAGCGCCACCAUCAAGGUCGGCGUCGACAAGAACAUGGGAUACGACAAGCGGUCGUUGCCCUUCGUCACGAGGUUGAUGGAAUAG